UUCAACUCUAGAUUUUUUGGUCCAGUGGGAGUUAUGAAAAACGCCAUUACUCUGGCAGAGGAUGAACAGUGGAAGAGAACACGAAUAUUGCUGUCGCCAAGCUUCACCAGUGGGAAGCUCAAGGAGAUGUUCCCCAUCAUUGGCCAGUACGGAGAUGUGUUGUUGAGAAACCUGAGGAGGGAAGCAGAGAAAGGCAAGCCCGUCACCAUGAAGGACAUUUUUGGACCCUACAGCAUGGAUGUGAUUACCAGCACAUCAUUUGGAGUGAACGUUGAUUCCCUCAACAACCCACAGGAUCCCUUUGUAAAAAAUGGCAAGAAGCUCUUAAGAUUUGACUUCCUAGAUCCACUCCUUAUCAUAUCAAUGCUCUUUCCAUUCCUUUGCCCAGUCCUUGAGGUGUUAAAUUUCUCUUUGUUUCCGAAAAGUGCCGUGAAUUUUUUCAUCAGAUCUUUAGAAAGGAUUAAAGAAAGUCGCCUCAAAGAUGAACGAACGCACCGAGUGGAUUUUCUCCAGCUGAUGAUUAACUCCCAGAAUUCCAAAGAGAUAGAGAGAUAUAAAACUCUGUCUGACCAAGAAAUGGCGGCCCAAGGUAUUACCUUUCUUCUUGCUGGCUAUGAGCCCACUGCUGAUUCUAUCUCCCUCCUUAUGUAUAAGUUGGCCGUGGAACCCGAAGUCCAGCAGAAGCUGCAGGAGGAGAUUGAUGCGGUUCUCCCCAGUAAGUUUCCACCGUCUUAUGAGUCCCUGGAGCAGCUGGAGUAUCUUGACAUGGUGUUGAGUGAAUUGCUAAGGUUAUUCCCACUUAAUUCUAGACUUGGGAGGGUCUGUAAGAAAGUUGUGGAAGUCAGUGGGGUGCUCAUUCCCAAAGGGACAGUGGUGACGGUGCCAGUCUUCGCUCUUCACGAUGACCCGGAACACUGGCCAGAGCCUGAGGAGUUCCGUCCUGAAAGGUUCCGGAAGAAGAACCAGGAUGGCAUAAAUCCUUACACAUACCUGCCUUUUGGGACUGGACCCCGAAACUGCAUUGGCAUGAGGCUUGCUCUCUUGACCAUAAAACUUGCUGCCAUCAGAGUCCUGCAGAACUUCUCCUUUAAACCUUGCAAAGAAACACAGAUCCCCCUGAAAUUACGCCCUGGAAUGCUUAUACAACCAGAAAAACCCAUUCUUCUAAUGGUUGAGCCCAGAGAUGGGACGCUAAGUAGAGCCUGA